GGCAGCGGCAGCUGGGACUGCAGCGGCGCCCGGCCCCUAGAGUCGCAGGCAGCGGCCGGAGCGCGCAGCCGAGCGCACGGGCCCCAGACGCCGCGGACACCCGGAGAGGCAGCUCCGGUGCCCUGACGCCUCCCUCGGCCCUCACCGCACCCCCAACCCCCUCCGCAGAGAAGUCGCAGCGUGAGCGCCCCUCGGCCGGCUCAGGACCAGCUACAGGACUAAGGACCAAAAGCAUUCCUGGGCACUGAGAUCCUCCAUCUCUGCCCCCUCGCUAUGAGCCGGCGCGUGGUUCGGCAGAGCAAGUUCCGCCAUGUGUUUGGACAGGCGGCAAAGGCAGACCAGGCCUACGAGGACAUCCGUGUGUCCAAGGUCACGUGGGACAGCUCCUUCUGUGCCGUCAACCCCAAAUUCCUGGCCAUUAUUGUGGAGGCUGGGGGUGGAGGUGCCUUCAUCGUCCUGCCUCUGGCCAAGACAGGGCGAGUGGAUAAGAACUACCCACUGGUCACUGGGCACACUGCCCCUGUGCUGGACAUCGACUGGUGCCCGCACAAUGACAACGUCAUCGCCAGUGCCUCAGACGACACCACCAUCAUGGUGUGGCAGAUUCCAGACUAUACCCCUAUGCGCAACAUUACAGAACCCAUCAUCACACUCGAGGGCCACUCCAAACGUGUGGGCAUCCUCUCCUGGCACCCUACUGCCCGGAAUGUCCUGCUCAGUGCAGGUGGUGACAAUGUGCUCAUCAUCUGGAACGUGGGCACCGGGGAGGUGCUCCUGAGUCUAGACGACAUACACCCGGACGUCAUCCACAGCGUGUGCUGGAACAGCAACGGGAGCCUGCUAGCCACCACCUGCAAGGACAAGACCCUGCGCAUCAUCGACCCCCGCAAGGGCCAGGUGGUGGCGGAGCGAGCCCGGCCUCACGAGGGCGCCCGCCCGCUGCGGGCCGUCUUCACCACAGACGGGAAGCUACUCAGCACCGGCUUCAGCAGGAUGAGCGAGCGGCAACUCGCGCUCUGGGACCCGGAGAGGUUUGCGGCCCACGAGGGAAUGAGGCCCAUGCGGGCUGUCUUCACGCGCCAGGGUCACAUCUUCACCACGGGCUUCACCCGCAUGAGCCAGCGAGAGCUGGGCCUGUGGGACCCGAACAACUUCGAGGAGCCAGUGGCACUGCAGGAGAUGGACACAAGCAACGGGGUCCUACUGCCCUUCUAUGAUCCUGACUCCAGCAUCGUCUACCUGUGUGGCAAGGGCGACAGCAGCAUUCGGUACUUUGAGAUUACCGAGGAACCACCUUUCGUGCAUUACCUGAACACGUUCAGCAGCAAGGAGCCGCAGAGGGGCAUGGGCUUCAUGCCCAAACGGGGACUGGAUGUCAGCAAGUGCGAGAUCGCACGGUUCUACAAGUUGCACGAAAGAAAGUGUGAACCCAUCAUCAUGACCGUGCCCCGCAAGUCAGACCUGUUCCAGGAUGACCUUUACCCAGAUACGCCGGGCCCCGAACCGGCCCUAGAAGCGGAUGAAUGGCUAUCCGGCCAGGACGCCGAACCCGUACUCAUCUCGUUGAGGGACGGUUACGUGCCCCCCAAGCACCGCGAGCUCCGGGUCACCAAGCGCAACAUCCUGGACGUGCGCCCGCCUACCGGCCCCCGCCGCAGCCAGUCAGCCAGUGACUCCCCCUUGUCGCAGCAGCACACCCUGGAGACGCUGCUGCAGGAGAUCAAGGCCCUGCGCGAGCAGGUGCAGGCCCAGGAGCAGCGCAUCACGUCUUUGGAGAACAUGCUGUGCGAGUUGGUGGACGGCACGGACUAGCGCCUCGUGCGGGGGAAGCUCGAAGCUGGGAGGGCAAAGCGGGGCGGAGCGCAAGCACUCCCGCCCCGCCCCGGCUUUGGGUCCGGAACUCCAGACCCCGCCUCUCUGGGCCUGGGCCGGGACUCGGGAGGGAACUCCGCCCCUCGCGGGAGUCCUGGACGAAUGAAGCGUUGCGGACACUCGCCUCUGUCUGGCGCUUGUCGGGCUGUGUGCCUCGUCCGGGACUCGGCAGGAACUGGCCUUGGAAGGCCCGGGGUGACGGGGGCCUCAGCAUUGGUGCUGCACGGCGGGCAGUGUCCCCUUUGUUUCUCUUCCCGCCCACGGCAGGGAAAGUGCUUAGUAGUAGCGCAAUGCUUGGGGAUGUUGGGGAGCUUGGGCUUGAUCUCAAAGGGGUAGCAAUUCGAUGGGUCUCCCCAGACUGGCUGGGGAAAAUUACAACGCUUCUCCCUCUAAUCUGCUCACUUGACUCCACCACCCUGAGUGGUAAACUGAACGGGCGUCACCCGAGUUCUACAGACAUACACUAACGUCGGCUGUAGAGCCGGAGCACGGGCUACACCCAGCAGUCUAUGGCAGAGGGCUCUUCCUUCUCUCCACCUGCAGAAGAGAGGACGGCUUCCUCGCGGCACUCCCGCAGGAGAACCAACCAGAAAACUGGCAUGAGGAAGCAGGUUCACACCUCCUGUCUCUCUCUCUCUCUCUCUCUCUCUCUCUCUCUCUCACACACACACACACACACACACACGCACACACACACACAGCCCCCGGCCCUCUGCUGUGGCCUUGACUCUAGGAGGAAAACAAGACGUACUGAAUGAAACAUUUUACCAAGUGCUCAGAAUGUGCCUCCUGCGUGGGUGGGGAUGCGAGACCCCCAGCCUCUGUAAAUGCCACCUCCAGACUCCUGGGGGCCCUGACAAAUGCAACGCUCCGCUCAGGACCCACCAGACAGCCUCUUACUUCAGAGCUCUCCCCGCACUGAGGUUCAGAAGGAACCCUUAACCCACAGGUGGGUGUUUUUCCCCAGUAAAGGCAG